UUCGAAUCAGAGAUCUUUCGCGUGUUAAACUAUUGUAAAUGUGUGGUGUCAAAUGUUUCAAUUGAAGCUCUCCUGCCCACGGCGGUGCAGGGCUUUCGCCACGAGAGUUGCUAAAUGAAAACACGCUCCAUGCAGAUCAGCUCCAUCUUAUGCGGGAUUGGCUAUCUGCAUCACUGGAGACGGCCUCUCUCUUCGUUCAGAGGUGAGCCUCUUCAGCACCUCCCCGGCGCUGCAUCUCUGCGUCCUUAAACAUCCCCGCGCCCUCCUGCUGGAGACAGUUACUGCGCGCGUCACACCACGAGCGCAUCGGCGCUUUUCUCUUUUUCUCCUGUUGUGUAAUACACAAUGCAUUAUGGAAUUGUUAAAGAGAAAUUUUGCAUCACCCAGAGGUUUUCCAUCUCGAUGCCUAUGAGACAAACUUGAGGAAUAUCUGAAGAUGAACCUGCCGCGGACACUGAAACAUUUAAAUCCACACAGAAGCGGCGCGUUCUGUGAGCACUGAAAAUAAGCCCAGGUGGGAUGUCAUAAUCAGUGAGAGACCCAGAGACUGAGGUGUCAUGGACACGGGGAUCAUCCCAUCCUCUCCUCCGAACCUGUCAGAGCACCUCAUGUGUGACAGCUUCAUGCAGGGCAAUGAGUCUAUCCCGCAAGGGAACUCUACAGACAGCAGCUUCAACAGAACCAGCACAGUGGUCAUCACCUGCAUGUACUUUCUGGUUUGUGCUGUGGGACUCUGUGGAAACGCCCUCGUCAUCUACGUCAUUCUGCGCUACGCCAAGAUGAAGACGGUUACCAACAUCUACAUCCUCAACUUGGCAGUUGCUGAUGUACUCUUCAUGCUUGGCCUGCCGUUCAUUGCCAUCCAGUUGGCGCUGGUCCACUGGCCAUUCGGGCCUGUGCUUUGCAGGGUCGUGAUGACCGUUGACUCUCUGAACCAGUUCACUUCUAUCUUCUGCCUAAUGGUCAUGAGCAUUGACCGCUACUUGGCUGUAGUGCAUCCCAUUAAAUCCACAAAGUGGAGGAAGCCACGCAUGGCCAAGACUAUCAAUCUAGCAGUAUGGGGGGUGUCGCUGAUGGUUAAUCUGCCCAUUGUUAUCUACAGUGGCGUAAUUACAAAGCAUGAUGGCUGCUUCUGCACCAUUGUGUGGCCUGAACCUCAAGAGGCUUACUACACCGCAUUCAUGUUCUACACAUUCAUCCUGGGCUUCUUCCUGCCCCUCAUGGUCAUCUGCCUUUGCUACUUGUGCAUCAUCAUCAAGGUGAAGUCCUCGGGCAUCCGUGUGGGCUCUUCCAAGAGGAAGCGUUCAGAAAGGAAAGUCACCCGGAUGGUGUCCAUCGUGGUGGCAGUGUUUGUUUUCUGCUGGCUGCCGUUCUACGUUUUCAAUGUCACAUCAGUGACGGGCACCAUCAGCACCACCCCCAUCCUGAGAAGUAUCUUUGCGUUUGUGGUGGUUCUAGGAUAUGCCAAUAGCUGCGCUAACCCCAUCCUUUAUGCCUUCUUAUCAGAGAACUUCAAGAAGAGUUUCCAAAAUGUUCUGUGUCUUAAAAAUGUGGGAGGGCUGGACGAAGUUGACCGAAGUGAUAGCCGGCAGGACAAAUCUCGCAUGAUGAAUGACCCCACGGAGACACAGAGUACUCUGCUUAAUGGGGACCUGCAAACAAGCAUCUGAGAGGAAGAAAACUCAUGUACACAAAGAAGCCAAUAGCUGACUCACGGAAACAGUCAUCACUUAUCAAUCUCUCUAAGGUCGCAUCAGGAAGAACAUUAGUAAAUAUUAAACCUAUUGAGAACCAACACAAAGUAAAAAAAAACAAAGGCACGCCAAACUGCAGUGUUCCUCCUGAUGGGUUAUCAGGGUCUAAGCAAAUCCAUUAAAAUAUAAUUACACAAAUUUAUAAUUGUUUUCUUUAGGCUGUGAAUGAAAUGGAAAUUUUAUCUUCUCGGUCACGAGUGUAUUAACUCUGAAGUAACUAAACAGACACCAACACCCAAUUGCAGAUGUACCCAAUUUGCCAGUGUAGUAGAGACACGUGGUUAUGUACAAAGUUUACAGCAGAGAGCCAAGUGUACACAUUUUUGUAUUGAGUGAAAACUACAACAGAACGGUGUGUUCAGAUAUUGUGUAACUGCAGGUUAUUUGUUUGUUUCUAGUGAGUUUUUUGACAGCAAAUAAAAUAGAAACAGUGUUAAAAAAAAGUCUCACACACACACACACACACAUAUAUAUAUAUAUAUAUAAAUAAUACUCUAUUUCAGACAUAGAACUUAAUAUCACUGCUGUUGUGUGUCAUGUUCUGUAAUAUAGUUAUUUAUUUUUUCUAAUUUUUGUGAGUGAUUUUACUUGCAAGACAAAUGUAUGAAAUGUGAAUGUUGAGUAGUAAAUAUUUAGUCCUGUGUCUCCUUCUCCUUGCAUUACUCUGUGUACAUGUAUAAUUUAGAUCCUAUUAAAGGGUACUGGCUUGGCAAUAUAUCAAGCAAGCCUCUAACCAAAAUGCUGCUAAGAUGUAUAGACAUUUUGUAGAAUUGUAGGACCAUGGUGUAUCAUUAGUAAUAUUACCUGCCUGUCAUCACUGCUUAUUAUAUAAUGAUGCAUAUCAUAUAGGAAUGUUGGACAGCUGGUUCUAAAUUUUUAAGAAUGAGUCCAGAAUCGUGACUCGUUUUCUGUUUAUUCUUCUUUUUUUUGUUUUCUUUUUUUUGUUUGUUUGUUUUCUUAAAGCAUGAAACCUGUCCAGAUCAUUUCUUAUUUAUGGUUAUUUUGCUCCAUUUUUUUUUUCUAUCCACCCAUUUCCCAGGAGCUGCAGUAUUUAUCAAAAGAUAUAGAUCACUUAUAGAUCAGUUUUCCUGUGUCUGGAGGCUGAGCUUGUCCCCUACACUUCCACAUCACAAUUAUUAGUUAACACUUUGCAUCCUUUGACUCUGAACCAUCCUCCUCUGUGGCAUCUUGGGGCUACAUUUCAAGUGUGGUUUGCAACACUGCCUGCCUGCGUGAUGUGAAUUUGUGAAGGGCUAGAACACUUAUCCUAAAGAGGCUGUGGUGUUCCUUUUUAAAUCAUCACUGUGCUGCUUCAAGAGUCCACAGUUCAUUCUGACAGUCUGUGACUAACUCUUUGUUCCUAUAGUCAGAUUACUAUCUUUGUGGCUUAUGAAACAUUUAUACUAGAAGCGGAGGUUUCCUCAAACACAUCAAAUCUAAUCUAAUCUAAUCUAGUAACAGAUUUUAAUUCAUAAAGAGUUGUGACUGCCCGUGUGUUGAUGUGAACACCUCAGCUAGAAGUCUCUAGCAAACAUGAGGUAAAAUAUGUGUUACUACUGGUGUAAGCAUGCUGUGUUGAAUUUGUACUUCUUUGUGUGUGUUUACAUGAUAUGCAGAAGUGUGCGCGCACACACACACACACACACACACAUACACACUUAGUCACACCAGAUCCAUAACUAACCAAAUUCUAUAUCCAACCUCUCUCUCUCUCUCUCUCUGCAGUAUUGCUAAAUAUGUUUAUCGGAGCGUAACUUCUUAUUAGUAUUGAAAGACAUGGCGCUCCUCUAGUGUCCUAUAUUUCUAUAGCAACAGUGACCAGUUGGAGUUGGUCGCAUAGAAACAUUUAUAGUAUGACAAUAAUAGAGAGAUGGAUCCAGGAAUAAAUUAUGACCAGAUGUCGCUCAGAUGACUGAGCUACAAACUCAAACAUCUUCAUAACAUAUAAAAGUGUAUAAUUUGUAUGUAGUAGUUCGUGGUACAAAAUGUAAGCCAGAGCAAAACAAACACCUUGCAUUAAGUAUCAUGGUAGCAGAUAUUAACAGAAAACUGUGUUACUGUUGUUAAUUAAUAAUUUUUUUUUUUUU